GCUCCAAUAUUAUCGGUUACCCUAUUGAGGUAUGUCUGCACUACAGAAGACCAUCAUGAAGAAUAAAAUGCCUCCACGCUGUCCCAGGACAUCAGGUGUCCCUAAACUGGCGCCGUUCGGAGUGUCGCGCCGCAAGGAUUAUACGCCGGUAUCGUGGCGCCAGUACUUCGAGAAGUUCAUCGAUGUAGAGACCGACGGUGGAACAUUUCGGGUGUAUCUGUCUCCUGAGCCCAAGAAUCCAAACCACCCAAGGAUAGUAACACUUCAUGGAGGCGGCUACUCUGGUUUAAGCUGGGCUUUGUUCACUGAGGAGAUAACAAGCAUGAUAGACUGCCAGGUCAUCUCUAUGGACAUCAGAGGCCAUGGUGAAACAAAAGCAAAGAAUCCUGAUGACUUGAGUGCAGAGACGCUUGUCAGAGACGUGGAUCUGGUGUUGCACAAGUUGUUCCCGGAGCAGAUGCCUUGUCUGAUCCUGGUGGGGCAUUCGAUGGGCGGCGCCAUCGCCGUGCGGGCUGCACACCUGCCCUCGCUGCAGGACUACAUCGAGGGGCUUGCUGUCAUUGAUGUUGUUGAAGGUACUGCAAUGGAAGCCCUGGCGAGCAUGCAAAGUUUUCUGCGUGGGAGGCCGACGCAUUUCAAAAGUAUACAACACGCCGUUGAGUGGUGUGUUCGCAGCGGUCAGGUGAGGAAUGUCGAAUCUGCCAAGGUUUCCAUGCCCAGCCAGAUUGUUAACUGCAACACUGGCUUGUUAGCGAUUAACGAGGUGGAGACCUACCAGCCGGACACGACCGUGUCGGAACCGACUCCGAACCGCCACGAGCCGUUGGCCGACCGGAUCGCGGAGGAAGACGAGUACGAGGUGGACUUCGCCCGUCCUGGCGCCGUGGGCGACGCCGCUCCGUCGCCGAAGCCGCCACAGCCGACCCUGCCGCAGGGCAUGUACCGAUGGCGAAUCGAUCUGUCCAAGACCGAGCACCACUGGUCGGGGUGGUUCAAGGGACUGUCCGCGGAAUUUCUUUCCGUGCGUGCACCCAAGCUGCUGUUGCUCGCUUCCAUCGAUGGACUCGACAAGGAACUUAUGGUCGGGCAGAUGCAAGGAAAGUUCCAGCUGCAAGUCCUCACGCGAUGCGGCCACGCAGUCCACGAGGAUACACCAGGCGACUCGGGCAGCUCGAUCGCGUCGCACGCGCACACGAGUGCUUUAAUAAUUUCUGUAAGUGAGAGAAUGCUCAAAAAUCAUUCAAUGGAAAAAGACAUUAUUAAUAUCGCGGCCGGUUCGCCCGGUGACUAA